UUAACAUUACCCAUAAAUAAUGAACUAAUAUCAAAGUUACUAUCUUUCUCUAGCAACAUGGUUGAUUGAGUUAACUCAAAAACCAUAGAGAAACAAAAAAAGUGAUUUGAGUUAGUUGGUAGCUGAAGUGAAGAGGAGAAAAAAAAUGACAGAAGCAAACAACACCAGAGACGCCCGGAGAAGACGAAGAAUCCUCCAACAAGGAUCCGAUCGUCUGGCCUUCAUCCAGGGUCGCAUCCAAACCCUCCCUCCUCCCGAUCCGCCUCACGCCAACGGCGAGGAAGAGGAUUACCCGAAUUCCGUUUUGCAGAAUCACGUUGAUACCGAAAGAACCAUCACCGAAACCCUUACUUUGCCUGAAAAACAUCACAGUGAAAGUGAGAAUUUAAGUUUCCCCAAUUCUGAAGUUGAACCUGAACAUCUACCAGAACCACAAUCUCAAUCUCAAUCCCAACCUCAACCACCACCAUUAACACAUCAAGAUUCAUCUAAUGAGAUUUCCCAGCAACAAACACGUCACGAGGAAUUUCAUCCUAGAAGUUUCAAUUUCAUAAACCCUAGCGACGUGACUAAUGCCAUCGAUGCCUCGAGGUUUACGCGUCUUUGUUGUUCGAUUAUAGUUGCACUAUUGGUGGUUGCAUCUUAUCUAGGAUUCUCUGUGAUCAAGACUGUUAUCAGCUUUAGACCACUUUACUUGGUUCUGCUCACAAAUUUGUCUUUUGUUGUUGCAAAAAUCAUCUCUGGGAAACAAAGAGACUCUGAUGAAAGGUUGAGGAGAAGACAAAACAGUGCCAUUUUCAGCGCAAGUGCCGAUUCUUCUGAUCAAUACGCCCAGCUUGCGAAAACAUUGGAAAUUGGGAUGGUGCUAAAGACUGUGGCUGAUGCUGUCUUCAUGGAUUGUGCUGUUUAUGCUAUUGUACUCAUAUGCAGCCUUUCCCUUGUGCAUCACUGACAUAAGGGCUUCUUAUACUUGCUCGAGUUGGACUUACUUGAAACCAAGAUGCCAAGCCAAAUUGAAUUUUCAAGGCACCCCACGCUUCAGUAAUAAGGGCAAUAGUAGCACCAACCUAUGCAUAACACCUGCAAUUCACCGACGGAAACUAUAAUUCAUCAAUCUGCCACAACUAGCAAUACCACGCUUCAGUUAAGUUUUCUUCUUUUCUGUUCUUGCUUAAAAUUAUCUGCAAGCUCUACUUGAGGAGAGAUUCUCUUGGCAGUGCAUUUAUUUUCAUCACCACUACCAACAAGAACAUUUUUAUCUGGUGCAUGACAUUGCUCCAAAGAAACUGCACGGUAGCCUUCUUUAGUAGACAUUUCUUGUAAUUAAGAACAAGUGAAGAAGAGAGUCAUAAAUGAGAGGAAAACCUUCUUUAGUAGACAUUUGUUGUAAUUACACCUCUUGCUCUUUUUGAGUUUGCUGCUAAAAUGAGAUAGUAUAAACCCACGAACUUAAGCUGAAGCAUCCUGCCACACAACGAAGCUGACAUUUCAACACCACAGAAUCAAACUCCAAAUAGUAAAUGAGAUCUACUUCAAAUCAAAAUUCAAACAAUAUGGGAAAUUAAAGCCAAGAAUCCGUCAAAAUCUACUCACAAUUAAACUAAAUUAUAUGUUAUACCCAUAAUAGAAAGAAUUCAAACAAUAUCUUGAGCACAACUAAAAUAAAGGAUUGUAUAUAAAAGCAUGAAAGAUGUACUAAACCAACUUUCCUAAUAUGAGGUUACACGCAUCAAACCAAAUCAGGAAGGUUUUGACUUUGUACCCUAUUUAUGGCUUUAAGUUGUUCAUUUCAUAACCACUUAUCUGGCAGUAGCACGCUCUUCCACUUGUGAAAUUUCAGCUGGAUACUCAUUAACAAAAAAAUUACAUAAUGACUA